AUGUGUUUGUUUGUUGACGUUUUAUAUGUCAAACAAUGUCAAAUUACAUCUAAUUAUUUAUAAAUAUACCUGGUGGUGUAUCACUUACAACAAGUUGAAGUUCAUGUCCUUCCUUCGUAAAAGAUGUAAUGUCAAUCCAGCACGUGGACCAUUCCAUCACCGUGCACCAAGCAAGAUCUUCUGGAAGACAGUCAGAGGUAUGAUUCCACACAAAACUGAACGUGGAAAGCAAGCUUUGAGAAGGCUCAAGUGUUACGAAGGAUGUCCACCACCUUAUGACAGCAGAAAACGUAGUGUCGUUCCUGGUGCAAUGAGAGCCAUGUGCUUGAAACCAGGCAGAAAGGAACUUACCAAAACUGCUGGAGAAAAACUUGUCAAAGUUAUUGCACCAUACACAGCUAUCAUCAACAGUUAUGGAUACACCUAAGUGUUAGUAAAAAAUAUAAUAAGACAAA